CAACAACACUAGAGGAGGGGAGGGAGGAAGGGAGACCCUGCCUGGGCGUCGGAGGGCGAGGCGGGCGGCAUGGCGGAGGCCGUCAAGCCCCGGAGCAGGCCGAGGAGCAGCCGGGGAAGGACCAAGGAAAAAAAGAAAAAAAGCGAAGAGGAGGAGAGCGUCGCCUGUCAGCUGUCUCUUCCAGAUUCAGUUAGAGAUGGAGAAGAACCAUCUCAGUCCUGCGACACCCAGGGAGAAUGCCUUCCAGAGCCCAGGCUCUGCAACGAAGCCAAAGAGAUAGAAAACGUGAAGGAUGCCUGUGAUGUCCCACCGAGUACAGUAACUGUAGAAAAUGAAGGAUCUCCAGAAACUGCCGCGUUGGAGCCCCCGAUCCAGGGGGAAGAAUUUGCAGGCAGAGCUUUGCAGGAGGAGAAAAGUACCGGGGGAAACCCAGCCAGUCCUCGGAGCCUCGUCGAAGCAGUUGCUUCCUGCGACCUGUCGGAAAGCAAUGCUCCUUGCGCACCGCCUUUGCUGGGGAGUGCGCAGGACCCAGAGACUGAGACCGUACGCAGUGACAAACAGUCUGUUUCCCAUCCUUCGGAAGAGGUUCUACCCGCCGUCUGUGCCCCCAGCAAAGAGGAGAUUCAGAAAUCCGCUCCCAGAAUGCUCUAUCCGGAUCUCCCACUGGAGCUGUUCAGGGAGAGGCUGGCGGCGGUUGCGGUUGCUCCCUUCAAACCGAAGGAGAGGCUGUACCCUGAGAUCCCGGCGGAGCCGGAACUGUUGCCUUUCACCCGAGAGCAGCUGAAGGUCUUUGAGCCCUGCUCCUGGCUGGAGAACGUUGACGCCUACGUGGAAGAGUUUGGGACUGUGGCGCACCAGGACAGGCACGAGUUCUUUGAGCUGCUGCUGAACUACUGGCGAUGCCGCAAGCAGCUGCUCCUUGCCGAAGCGGAGCUGCAAACCAUUGCCUUGGAUUGCCAGAACGCCAGGAGCCGCCUGUGGACUUUCAAGGACGAACAGCAGCCCAUCCAGGGCGUCUGUGCUGAUCAAUGCAAAGUGUCCGGCCACCAUCGCUACCAGACGGUUGAGAUGAACGAAGGUGCUUUGGGAGACCUGAAGAGGCUCUUCGAAGCCCAGGCUGAGCAUGUGCACCAGACCCUGGCCUUGCACUUGUACACGUCUGUGUUGUCCCGCCUGCAGGUGGAAUCUUACAUCUACAGGCUUCUCAGCAGCUCUUCCUCGCUGAGGUCUGUGGGACAUUCAGCAGCAGCCACCGCCAGGUGCGUGUAUCCGAUUCUUAAACAGGCUGAAAAUGUUUCCUUGGACGUGGGUCCCUUGAAGGAAUGCAUCAGCGUCCUCUUCAGUUUCAUGCGCAGGGUCAUUGAGGAUCCUCAGUUUGAGAGCGACGUGCUCUCCUGGCUGCAGAGGCUGGUGUCUGUCUUGCAAAAGGUUGGUUGUCCAGGGGACCACAUUUUCCUCUUAAACCACAUCCUCCGCUGCCCGGCCGGCGUUAGCAAGUGGGCUGUUCCUUUCAUUCAGAUUCGGGUUCUGGAUAACCCCUCGGGGCUCUUUCACUUCAUGCAGUCCCUUGCUUUGCUUAUGUCUCCUGCCAAAAAUCGUGCGGAGUUCAUGUGCCACAUGAAACCGAGCGAACGGAAGGCGUCUUCCUCAUCUGGGCAGGAAUCUGGGAACUGGACUCUGGUGGAUGAAGGAGGAGAAGAGGACGAAGAUUCUGAGACUAGCUGGGUCCUCCUCCUGGAAGACGACUUGAUCGCGCUUCUGUCCCAGUUCCCCUUUCACGAACUCUUCCAGCACAUCCUUGGGUUUGAUGCUAAAGGCAUCUACGUUCCUGAGAAAACAACGCCUCAAGAGAUGAUGAAGGUCUUUGCGUUUGCAAACUCUUUAGUGGAACUUCUUGCCGUGGGACUGGAAACCUUCAACAGAGCCCGCUACAGGCAGUUUGUGAAACGAAUCGGCCACCUCAUCAGGAUGACGCUUUGCUAUGUGAGUGACCACUGGGCCCAGUAUGCCAGCCAGGCCAAAGGCUAUGGCUACGAGAUGCACCCUUACUCUGUUGAGAAACUGCAGGUGGAAUUCGAUGAGCUCUUCCUGAGGGCUGUCCUCCAAGUCCUGAAAGCGAAAAGGCUAGGGGUCUGGCUCUUUAUGUCCGAGAUGCCGUACGGGACUCUGUCCUGCAACAUGCUCUGGAAACUGUUCUCCAUCAUGCACUGCGCAGAAAGCGAGAACCUUGAGAAGCUAUGUGCCGCGGUGCAGCUGGCCGACUGCAAACGCCAACUCAAUGACCCAGCCCACCUGGAGAAUUUCGAAAAGUAUCUCCAGUCGAUGAACAGUUCCGAGGAGAUCUGCCUGCUGACGACGUUUGCCCAGAUGGCUCAGGCGAAACGCGAGGAUGCUGACCAAGACUUUGUCAGAGUCAUCGUGCUGGAAAUCUAUGAGGUGUCUUACGUCAGCCUUUCCACCAGAGAGACUUUCUCAAAGGUCGGCCGGGAGCUCCUGGGCGCCAUCACCGCUGUCCACACCAGCAUGAUCUCUGUUCUUCUGGACCGAGUCAAAGAGACCAUUGAAAAGGUUGGCAUGGUUUCUCUUUAUUUAUUUAAAGAGCUGCCCAUGCACCUCUGGAAGCCGUCUUCAUCCGAGGUAGCCCUGAUCCGCAACUGGCUUCUGAAUCACAGCCUCACUGAAGUGGAGAACAAACUCGCCUGCAUUAUCCUGGAAGGACUGAACUGGGGACUCGGUGAGCAGGGCGGCCUUCAUCUCGACCCAGCGGUCCACUCUGAAGUUGCGCUCAUGGUCUUAGAAGCUUACCAGAAGUACCUCUCUCAGAAACCGUACAGCGGGCUCAUUUCUGAAAGCAUCAAGCAGGUCUCCUACCUGGCCAGCGUCGUCCGUUAUGGAGAGACACCCGAAACCUCCUUCAACCAGUGGGCCUGGGGGCUGGUUUUGAGGCUGAAACUGCACGCCAACGACUACGGCAUGCAGCAGGGCUGGCCUCCUGCUCCCGUCUCCUCUGCGGUGCUUGAGCUGGCGGAAUCGCCUACGUAUCACCCGCUGUUGAAGGCCGUCCGGUCGGGCCUCCCCAUUGGCUGCUACCUGGCGUUGGCCAUGACGACGGUGGGGCAUAGCGUCGAGAAGUUCUGUGCUGAAGGGAUCCCACUCCUGGCCGUUUUGGUGCAGUCGCGGCAUCUGAGAACAGUGGUUCACGUGCUGGAUAAAGUCUUAGCGUUGUUCUACCCGUGCCAAUAUUACCUGCUGAAGAAUGAACAGUUUCUGUCUUGCCUCUAUCAAUUCCUUCAGCUGGACAGUGGCGUCCCCCAAGGGAUGACCCAGCAAGUGACGCAGAAAGUCACUCAGCACUUAACUGGGACGAGUUACGGUGAAAACAUCAAGCUGCUCAACUGCAUGAUUCAGACUCACAUUUUUAUGAGCAGCCUUCCCAACAGAGUUGGGCCAGCGGCCGUGUUGGAGUUCUGGGUCCAGGCCCUCACCAGCCAGCCGCUGUGGCACAAGGAGAGAGCCGUACUCUGCCUGAUGGACCACUUGUGCCAAGCCGCUUUCCAGUUCAACCAAGAGGACUGUGUGCAGAAGCUGCUGUACCAGCAGCACAAGAAUGCCUUGGGCUACCACUGUGACAAGGGGCUGCUCUCUUCCUUAGUCAGCUGGAUCGUGGCCGGAAAUGUCACGCCUUCCUUCAUCGAGGGAAACGCAAAUCCCGCGCAGGUCUGGUUUGCGUGGACCAUUCUGAAUACGGAGUCCAUCUUCGAAGAGGAUUCCCAGCUUCGUAGAGUCGUGGAAAAGGAGUUGGUGAUCAGCAAUUCGGCUCCUGAUCAGGCUCUGAAGAAAGCUCAGAGCCAGCUGAAGCUGCCCAUCGUCCCAUCUCUCCAGCGGCUGCUGAUUUAUCGUUGGGCUCAUCAAGCCCUCGCUACCCCCGCCGACCACCCGCUGCUCCCGCUCAUCUGGCAGAAAUUCUUCCUCCUCUACCUCCACCGCCCGGGGCCGCAAUAUGGGUUACCUGUAGAUGGAUGCAUUGGGAAGAGGUUCUUCCAGAGUCCCGCUCACCUGGGCUUAUUAAGCGACCUGAAGCAUCGCCUGAUCGAGGCUGCAGACUUCCACCACUCAGCCAGCAAAGCCCUCAGGCUGGAGAACCCGGCAGGGGGCAGCGAAAGCUUAGCAGAGAAAGGAGGUGGCAAGAAGGUCUACCUGACCUCCCCUGAACUGCACAAGGAGCUUGUCAGGCUUUUCAACACGUUUGUUUUGUGGCUGGAAGAAGAGAGCUUUCAGAAGGGAGACACGUACAUCCCCUCCUUACCAAAGCAAUAUGAUGCCCACAGGCUGGCCAAGCUCAUGCAGAACCAGCAGGAUUUGUGGAUAGAGUUUGUGGACACUGAGCGCGUUCAGCAUGAAUUCCAGGAAGUGCUGGACUCUUGGUUUCAAGUCAAGGUAGAAUCACAUGCAGCCUCAAGUACUUUGUCUGCACAGACGGACUUCACGGACCCUCUGCUAGCCAAAGAGAGAAUCAUCAGCAGCUUAAAGAAGUACGACGCCCCCCAGCCCCCUCUCCCCCUUCAGCCGAUGAAAGCUCCUGUGCCUGCUAUUUCUCCUGCCAGCUUGGUGAAUCAGAGAGAAGCUAAAGAGCUGGUUCGUGCAAACCUCAGCAUCCUGCAGCACCGUGCCAAGUCUGCGGCGCUCCGAGAGUCCCAGCAAGUUGCUUUCAACAGCGAGAUCCUGGACACGCUGCCAAAACUUUACAGCAACAGAGAAGAGCAAGUUACUCACCAUCUGGAGUGUCGGGGCAGCUCUGGGAAAAUUUGCCAGGGAGCAGCUCUCGUGACGAUCCAGUUUGAAGGGAAGCACAAAAACGAAGCCAUCGGUCAGCAGCUUCAUUCGCUGAAGAAAGAAGUGAAGCAGCUGCAAGCAGAGGCCUCUCAGCCUCCUUCUCUGAGUGUGGUGGAAGCCGCUGUGCACAUGGAAAACUUUAUAACAGCUUUGAUAAAUAUCUACAAGCUUCAGUCUACGCCCGGGAUUCACAGAGUCGGGAUCGACCUGUUCUUUGCCGUGGUGGGAUUUGUCUGUGACGAAACACAACGGCAUCCGCCUACGAGGCAGUUCUUCACCUCCUGCAUUGAGAUCCUUGGCCAAGUGUUCAUCUCCGGAACCAAAUCGGAAUGCAAGCCGGUGCUACAAACAAUUCUGAAGAAUCGGAGGCUCUGCACACUCCUGUCUCCUUACUUCACUCCUGUUGCCUCCCCAGGAGAAUUCGUCAGCUUGUAUGAGAAAGUUGUGUCUUUCCUUGGCGACGACAACAGUGAUGUCAUUUUCAUGCUGCUCACAAAGUUUGACCUCCCUCAGUGGCUGCACAGCUCAAAGCCCCCGCUCUCUGAGCGGACCAGACUUCUGGAGUCCAUCCACUUGGCACUCAAAGCCUGUGGCCUGGAGCCCGAGGAAGACCUUCAGAUGCCUUUUUCGAUCUUCUGCAAGCACUGGACUUGCCUUCUCCAGUACCAGUUCCCCGACCACUACAGCAGCUACCUGCGGCUGCUCAUGGAAAGUUCCUCGGAUCAACUCCUGAGCCCUGACUGCUGGAAGGUGUCCCUGAAAGCCUUGGGCUGCGGCUCUGUGGCAGCGAAGAAAGAUGCCGGGAAGGAGAACAUUAGUGAAAAUAUCGCUCUGCAAACUUCCGUGCAGCUGUUUCUGUCUGCGGAUCAGGUCAUGGAGACGAUCGACUGGCUUUCCGACUACUUCCUGAAGCUGCGCUUGUCUUCGCAAGACUUCCGGAGCUUUGGCCUGUUCUCCAAGUGGGCUCCCUACAUAGCUGAAGUGACCUGCUUCGCCGAGUAUCUCGUCAACCGCCUGGUGGACUCGGAAGUCGCCAACUUGGCACGAGAGCCAGUCGGCAGUGGCAGGACUCUGGAAGCACUGCGCUCUUUGCAUUUGGUCAUCACCAGACUUUUUAGGCCUUGGAUCCUGGUUUUGGAGAGAGAAGACACAAGCAAACAGACCUGUUACCCCUGGCUGGAGAGUGACACACCUGUGGCUUCAAAUAUGGUGCAGUUAUAUGCACACACCAUAGGAGUUCUGCACGAAAGCUUUAAAGAUAAACUGCUGCCAAGCCACCACGGGCCACUUUGGCUCCACCUGAUGCACUAUUGCGAGACAUGCACGGCCCCCAAAAUGCCAGAGCACAUUCUCUACACGUUCCACGCCGAGUUUGGCCGCCUUCCCUGGAAGGAGAUGCAUCCGGACCGGCAACUCAUGGAAGAAUUCUUUAAAGUUGAGAGAGGCAGUCCCAAAAGCUGCUUCCUCUUCCUGGGCUCAGUUCUAUGCGAGAUCAACUGGGUCAGUGUCCUCUCUGACGCAUGGAAUCCCAACCCGCCUCCGGGAACACAGGACAUGAUUGUGUGCCUGCUUUAUAUGGUGGUCCUUCUGGCAAAGGAAGAGCAACUUAUAACCAGGGAGGAGUCUCCACUGCUGAACCUCCUCGGCCAGACCAGCUCACUCCCUUGGCAGCACGUCAGCGUUUUGUCCUAUCAGAGCAUCAUCGGCUACUUCAACACCCACUAUCCUCCCUCUAUCAUCCUGGCCAAGGAGCCGGCAGCCGAGCUGAUCGUCAAGCUGCUCAAGGCAUCGGCGGGCUUUGGCGCUUCCUCCGACAGCCACAUGCAUCUGGAUUCAACCCUCAAGUGCAGGGCUUACAUUCGCCAGGUCGUCCAUUUCCUCAGCAUCCUGGAGCAAAAUGGGAAGAUAACCCUGCCUUCUCUGGAGCAAGAGAUGUCAAAGCUGUUGGAUGAUAUUACCAUCUUUAACCCUCCAGACACGGACAUGCAGUCUCGCCACUUGGCCUUAAGCAGCCUUUUCACAGAAGCCCUGAUGAUGAUGAAUAACGCCAGCGUCGCCACGGCAGAGUCUCUGCGUGUCAGUCUGCGAGGCUGGAUCGACGGUGCCGUGCACGGCUUAGGGGUGAUGCCUCUCUUAACAGCUGCGUGCCAGAGUCUGGCGUCGGUCCGGCACAUGGCAGAGACCACGGAAGCCUGCGUCACGGCCUAUUUUAACGAAGAUUCUCCACUCAGCCAGGAUUUGGGCUGGGGGCCAAUCGUGGCCUCCCUGCAGGUCCCCGAACUCACGGCCGAAGACUUCCUGCAGGAGUGCCUUUCACUGGGCAGCUACCUAACUCUUUACGUCUACGCUCUGCAGCGGUUGAACGCCAAGCAGACUCUGGACAAUGAAAUGAAAGUGGUGCUGACUUUAAGCAAGUGGCUGGAACAGGUGUUCCCCAGUUCCACCAAGGACGAAGCAAAGCUGUUCCUUUGGUGGCACAAAAUCCUGCAGCUCUGCCUCCUCCAAGUAGACCAGGACGAUGCCAUCCUGAUGGAGUCGGUCGUCCGCAUCCUGAUGUCUCUGCAAGGCAGACAGAACCUCCUGGCCGAAGAGAGGCUCACCUCUGGAAUCCUGGGUGCUCUAGGGCUGGGCAGGAAGUCUCCUUUGUCAAACAGGUUCCGUGUUGCUGCCCGAAGCAUGUCCGCCUUCCUGCUGGUGCAGAUUCCGGUGGAGAACCAGAUCCGCUUGAGGCCUGGCGUGGAACUGCACCUCUCUGCCAAAGCGCAGCAGGCUCUGAAUGCUCUCGAUUCCAUGACUUCAAACAAACAGUACGCAGAAUACCAGGAGCAGAUCUCCCAAGCCUCCCAGUUUGUCAGGGACUCCCGCCGCUGCCUUCGCGAUGGGCCGAACCUUCUGGCUAUCCUCGUCAACACUUUGUACCCAGAAGUGCAUUACUUGGACGCCAUACGGUAGCAGCAAGCGAGGGGAGGUGGCCUCAUCCUGCCCCGCAUUGCAAUCGUGGAUUAUCUUCAGUUUACAGUCGGCGGUGACGUUGCACAAGUAGCUGCCAUUCACAGGGUUUCACUUUGUCAAAGUGGUGGAAGAGAGAGAGAGAGGGCAAAGAUUAGGUAGACUGGUUUGAAAGCCAGCUUGGAGGUUUCCGUAGCUGGGCUUUAACACCUGCACAAAUCUCUCUCGCAUUUCUGCCAAGCCAAAAUACUUCUCUGGCUUUUCUUUGUUUUAAUACAGUCUUAACGGCGUGGUUCAGGGCUUUGCGGGGCUCUGGUUUGAUUUUUCCAUGGACUUUACAAAGACCUCCGUUCUGGAUUGUGCUUGAAGACUGUUAAGUGACUUGAGUGCUUCACCAUUUUGGAAAUAACACAGGGUUUGUUUGCCCCAGCACUAACUUGGUUUUGCUUUCUGUGCCUUUUCUUCUUUCUUUGUUUGGCUGACUGUGAAAUUCGUGGGCCAGUCGGGACUCACUGGUCGUCACCUAAUCAGGAUUUUGGACCAUCUCCCUCACCACCCCGCUGCUCUUGCUUAAUUUGCCUCCAUCUACUUGUCCUCAGUGCUUCUGAUGUGUGAUAAAAAUGGAAGCUAGUGAGGCAAACCUCCUGCAUCUUUGCCCAGCCAAAUUGACAGAAGCUGAAUUCAUUUGUUUAAGGGUUCUGGGGAAAGAGAGAGAGUCUCCUACGUCACUUCCUUAUCAUGUGCAUGGAACAAGCUAUCGCUUUCAUACUUCUUUUUUAUUAUAAGGCAGUAAAAGGAGCAAAGAAGAACAAAAAAUUUGUCGGAUUUCAGUAGCAUGGAGAAGACAGCAGCGUCCUAAUUACUGGAGUGUUCUUAAGAGUUUAAUUAGGAAAAUUAUGGUUUUCUUGUAAUGGUAUGACGGACCAUCGACGCUGGCGGGGGAGAAAGCCUGCAAAGUGCCCAGGAUUCCUGGAGCAGAUACAACUCACAAGCUGGCUACCCUAUCCUUAAAACACAUCAUUUGAAUAGCUUGGAUUCUUUCUGUCAAUACAGCAAAGCAAGUUUGAUUUCUCCCCACCCAACACCUUUUCCCUAAGCUGAGGUCACUAACCUGUGGUCCUACACGGAGAGAUAAGCUUUAUAGUAAUCAGUUGAACAUUUACUGCUGAAUGUCCUAAGGAAGAGUCCGUGGAGCCUUUUUGUGAGGCUCGGAUGACACUCCAGAAUGGUCUGUCCAAAUCUUGCAAUAUACAGAGUACAGCUGGGGUUGUGUGUGUGUGUGUGCCCUUUAUUUACCUGUGUGUAUACGACGUGCCUCUCAAGCUGCGUUUCCUGGCUCACUGAUUUGUUCAGUUGCUGUCGCUUUAUUUGAGUGAGUUUGCUAAGGUUGUCCCCCUUCCUUUUGAGAGAAAAAAAAAGAGAUAUUGAUCACCUCCGCACACACUCUUGGUGCAACUCGCUAUGCCUGGCAUAGCCCAUGGGGUGCCCUGCAGAUGUUGCUGAACUCUCCACCCCCAUUGGCCCCAACUGACAUGGCCGGUGGCCACAGAGAAUGGGAAUUAUAAUGUAGCAUCGUCAGGGGGCGAAGAUGCUCAGUUCAUUUCAAUGGGCUGACUUGCAACUGUCUUUUGAGUCUCAUUGAAAUGCACUUGGACGGUGAAGCUGCUAUGCUUUGGAAACAGGCCUUUCAAAUAUAUAUAUAUAUAUAUUUAUUUAUUUCCUGGGAUUUCAUUUGCUCAAAUAUAGAUUCCACUUCAGGCACAUUCUGUGCAUCUCUUGGGAAUCACCUCCAGCCCCUUUUUGGGUUUAAAGAUGCUUUUCCUUUCUGAGCUCAUCAGUAAAAACAAAACCCAAGAGCGCAAUUCUGUUUGUGUACCUUCCUAUUCAUGCCUUUAGCUCCACUUGGCAGGCAAGGUUUUCUCCUAACUUUUCAGCGUCUCGCACCGGCAAAUGAUAUUGUAGCGUUUGCCUUCAGCUAACGAUUUCUGAAACUGCAAAUCCCACCGUCUUUCCUUGCGAAAUUGCCAAAUUAUGCCAAAUAAGGUCCUUGUGCAGAACUCACGUUGUGGAUUGAGCUUCCAGAUAUAGGACAAGGCAUCUUGCCCCUGUGGUGCACUGGUAAUGAAAUAUCACUGCUUGGGUGGGACUUCAUGUUUAGAGGACCUCACAACUGGAAGAAUUAUUAUUGCUGCUUUUUAGAGAGAGAGAAGAGGGAGAACAGAAGUCUUCUGAGAUGUUUCUUUUCCUCCCCCUCAGCUCAGAAUUAAUAAAUUUAUCUUUAAAAAAAGACUGUGAAAAGGCAGAAACUAUUAUGUGUGCAUCGGGCGUGGUAGUUCUGAUAUGGGAGCUAUUGUUUUGCCUGUGGUUUCGACAGGACGUGUGUUUAUAGUUGUUUGUGUCUGCAAGGACCAUGUGAAAUAAAACAGUGAGAAACACUA